AUGCGUAAGGAUAAACGUAAAGUUCUUGUGCUUCAUUAUAUUUUCGAUAAUAGUGAUUUUUUAAUGAAACGAAACGAAAUUCGUCAUGAUCAUUUGGUAUAUUUACGUCAAUGUUCAAAGGAAAAGGGUGGCAAGGUUGAAUUCAAAGUGUCUGAAUCAUUAAGUGGCAAGAGCUUUUAUUGGCCUUUAACAACUGGUGAAGAUGAAAUGAUACAAUUCAUGCAAGAAGAUCCGUAUUAUAAAAAAGGAGUUGUCAUUGAUGUUCUCAUUUAUCGAUAUACAGUUAGGGAAAGAUAUGGAAUAUAA